AUGAGUGGUGGGCGGGAGUCCUCUCCCCUCUCAGAUCCCAUCGCUCUCGCGCGACUCCAGAUUCUCGUCGUCCCCGUCCACUCGUCUCGAGAGUCCCAGCCAUCGAAUCCAGUCGCCCUCUCGACACCAGUGUUCGACUACUGGUCCGCCUUAUUCCGGAACCGACAAUCACUUCGCGGAGAUGAGGUCGUCCGGCAACGAGAAUUUGGCCACAAGAAAGGAGCUUCAGAUGCCCGCGAGCGUUUCUUCCCAUCCGCCUCGGGGGCCAACAUGUCCCGCGUUGCCGGCGCCAACCAUGUCCACUUGUCGUUCCCGGCGCAGCCCCCACCGAAGCACCUUUACCCCCUCAGCUUGCUCAGGAUGACGGCCUUCCCUCUCGUCAUUAUCGGAGUUGGCUUAGACGAUGACGGAAAUGACAUGGACCAAAACGAGAAGGAGGCGGCUUGGGCGCAGGCGUUCAAUCGCACUCUGGCGACGUUCAUGCCCUCAACGUCCGCCUUUCCGUUAGUGAAGCGCCUGAUGCUCGUUCCGCCGCAACUACCCAUGCCUGGGUCUUCUCGAAACUCGCGAAAGCCGAAACAGAGCAACGAUCCUCUCAUCUCAUAUGCACCUCUUGACGGCGGUGACAACUUUGUGGCUGACGUGCUCGGGGAGACUACGGCUAACGACAAGGCUGCCGCGCUGGAAUCGCAAUCAGGCAUGAGCACUCUCUCGGGAACGUUACUUCCUUCGCUGUCAUCGACGUUAGGUCCGGCCUCGGCGUCUGGGGCAAGCACCCCGGUGGUGUCCAGCAAGGCGGAGGCGCGAGGAAGUUUACCUGGCUCCAGCUCAAUGCCUCUUAUGCCGUCCGCGAACAUGAGCCAGCCGGUUUCUCGAGCACUUACACCAGGAGGACGACCGGCGUCGGUCCAGCCACCGUCUGCCCCUCCGAUCCAGACUAGUGCGAUCUCUCCCGUCGCGGCUCCUCAACCACAGUCGGCGAACCCGUUCCGACGAUCGACAGCUGGCCUGACAUCGCCUUUCCAUCGCUCGUCAGCGACGUCCUCUCCCUCUAACAAGGACUCCGGAAAGGAUGCUGCUAUGGCUAAAUACACGUCGGCACCGCUAACUGGUAUCGCUGGCGGUCGGCUCAUCAAGCUGCUGGGAGACAUGUACCUGGUCACCGGUAUGUACGCCGACGCCCUGAAGUGCUACGAGGAUGGAGCAGAGCGAUGUCGCGCAGUGGGAGACGUACUUUGGGAAGCACUCGCACGUGAGGGUCGGGCAGUGGCAGGCAUCAUCGAAGCCUGGGAGGGCCGUGACGGCUCAACGCUCUCGACGCCGUUCCCCUCCUCACCGGUGCCUGUGGAGAUCCUGUCUCACUACCUCUCGGCUCUUGCCUGCCUCAGCCGCGCGCCGCUUCCGUUCCCUGAAGCUACGCCCAACGGUCCAGCUGGUGCGCAGACGCCGCACCUCAACCUCUCAAACGUCGGGACAGGGGAAGGUCUCUUGGCAUGGUUAUACGCGUCGAUGUGCCUGCGCAUCAGUCGCUUUGUCCUCAUGAUUUUCGCAGCAGGAGGCUGGGGAUCUAUCGCGUCCUCCGCCUUGGUCUCGAAUACCCUGCCAAGAACAUUCCCCGCGCUUCUCAACAAUCCCAACGACCCCGUCAAGUCUCGCAACCGUCGGUUGAACCUUGUCGACCUGGCAUCGCGGUCUGAGAUUUCGCGCCAGACGAUCUUCGGUCACGCCCAGGUCGCUAUCGGGCCCUUCCGAAGAGCAAUGACGGCGGCUGAUCAGCUCGCUGUGUUUGUCGAAGUUGUUUGGAUUGCGCGAUGGCUCGAGCUGGAGCGCAAGGAGGCAUCGGCGACUCGCGAGAUCGUCAAGCUUCUGGCCAUGGCGGUGGUGGAAGGGCGAGAGGAGCACCGAGACCAGCAGACUGGUGCUGUCAUGUCGCCGACUGAGAUGCCGGGCUCCAGCGUGAACCAGGCCGUGACCAUCAGGAGGAAGGAGUCGACCGAUGGCAACGCGGGUGUCAUGGCGCUCAUUGAGCGAGUGUGCGCCGUUUUCGGUAUCGACCUGCUCUCGUUCACCGACGAGCAAACGGAGCCUGUCCUUCAAGCCGCGAAGGAGCUGCGACCAACUCACUUUGGCUGGCCGGAGCUUCAGGUCGAGAUCAUGAAGGAGGCGAUCGCCGUCUCUGAGGCUCUGCCCGAUCAUCCGGCCGCCGUACGCCUCUGCGUGUCGACGCUCCACUCCCUGUAUGCCUAUCUCUCGCCGGCGAGCCAGGGCCACUUGUCAAAGCUGUACCCGAAAGCCCUCUCAACGAUGCGGAGACGAGCCAUCGAGUUCGGUUCAGUGCCUUGGUGGCUUCCUGAUCGCGUCGUGCUCAGCGUCGAGAUCUCGUCUCUGGCUUCCAACCGGGUACCGCUGGAGCAUACCCGUGCUGAGAUUACGGCGCAGGGCAAGAAGGACCCUUUCCUUUACAACCCCCGUGUCAAGGCGCCAGAGCUCGGCAAGACGCUCCUCGUCGCGAACGAGCAGGUGGAGGUCUUCGUUACUCUCCAGAACGUUUUCGCGUUUGAUCUCGAGGUGCAGAAUCUGUCACUCCUGACCGCCGGCGCGCCCUUCAUCACGAACCCGCUGCCGCUCAUUCUGCCUGCGUCCUCCGUGCAAACGGUGCGGGUUACGGGCCUGGCACCGAACGCGGGAUCCCUUGAGAUCCGGGGAGUAAGCGUUCGACUGAUGGACGGAUCGUCAGCAGAGUUCCUGCUGCCGGUAGUGGAUGGUGCAGGCGCUAGGCGCGAUUCGAAGCACAGGAGCAGACUUCAGGCGGAGGCGGCCAAGACCAAGCAGAGCGGUCUCGAUGUCCGCAAGUCGUUGAUGUUCACGCAGUCUGAUGGAGGAUUACCGCCGUUACCUACCAAGGAGGAUGAGCAUCGCUGGCUCGAGUGCAACGUCGUUGAGGAACAGCCCUUGUUGUGGAUCAAGAAGACGUCCCUGUCGCAUGGUACCGUCAUGCUCUUCGACGGAGAAACGUCCGUGAUCCGCAUCACGUUGGAGAACAGUUCGUCCGUCCCGGUCGACUUCAUCAAGCUGUCGUUUGAUGACUCGGUGUCGCGGGAAGCGCAGGCGAUGAUGUCCGAGGAGAUCUCGCCACAGCAGGCCUUCGAUCUCGACUAUGACUGCACGCAACGCCCCGUCUUCACGUGGGACAAAAACUCGAACGUGCACAUCCCUCCCGGUGGCCGCACGACGCUGCAGAUCGAAGUGCUCGGCAAGGUGGGAUGCACGGACGGGUCGAUCCGCAUCGACUAUGGCUUCAUCAACCGUGAGGCCGAGGACCCGGCCAACGUCUUCUACACACGCCGCAUCACCUUCCCGGUCCUGUUCACAGUGUACCACACGCUAGAGCCGCAUGCCCUGGACAUUGCGUGUUUGCGCUCAUCCUCCGAGUCGCAGGAGAAGCUGCGCAAGCGUCUCGCGAACGGCACGCCGCGUAGCAGCACGUUCGGAACGUCGGGCGACGAGGUUCUCCGCCGUGCACUGGCGCAGGACGAUGACAACAUGGUCCUGUUCUGCCUGAACGUGCGAAACGUGUACAGUGUCCCCUUCGAGGUGGCGCUGAGCAGCAAGCGGACCGCAUCACCGUCAGCCCUGAACCCCGACUCGGAGUCCUCGUCCGACCUGGUUGUAACACGCCUCGUCCCGCCAGGCGCGACAGAGCGGCUCGUGCUCCCGAUCCAGCGCCAAACACUCUCGGACGACGAGCGCCCCAUCCCCACCCCAGAGGGACGGCAAUACGUCGUGGAGAAGUCCAAGAUGACGCCAGACCAGAUGAAGCGCCAGCGCGAGCUCUUCUGGUAUCGCGAGAAGCUCCUGGACCUGAUCGACAUUUCGUGGCGCGAGCCAAGCAGUCUGCGCCGCGGCCGGCUCUCGCUGCGCGACCAGCCCAUCAACCCGGCCCACCUCGACGCGCUGCGCCGGGACCAGCUGAGUAUCUCGCUCGACGUGCAGCCGCGCGACGGCAAGGCGUCCUUCACGGCUAUGGACUUUGUCGACCUUCGCAUCAACAUUGUGAACCGCCUCGAACGCAAACUCCGCGCGUACGUGCGCCUCGAGGCGCUGCCGACCAGCAGCAACGAUGCGAGCUGGAGCCAGCCCCCCGCACCCACGCCGAGAAGGAUCAGCUCCUUACCCGCUGCGCCUAUGCCUGCGCCCAAGAGCAUUGCGUUUGACGGCGUCCUCGGCGCUGCCAUGCCCGUGCUCGAGCCUGGGGAGAGUGCCACGCACACCGUGGGUGCGGUACUGCUCGCUUCGGGAAGCUUCACCUUCCGCGCUGCGGCCGAGGAGAUCGCCGACCGCCCCGACCCGCCGCCAGUGUGCUUCUCGCCGAGCGUGUCGGUCGACGUGGCGUAG